AUGACGGCAACGAUUGCGAGAACUGUGAGUGUUUACGUGUUUCUUAAAACUGACGAUGUAGAGGUAUGCACCAGAGCCACUGACAACAGGGGCACAAUUUGGGAUAAUACACCUGUUGGUUUAGUAGUGAACAAUACUUGUGACGAAGGUUUUACAGGACACAUUACUAGAGCAUGUUCGUCUGGUGGAAUAUGGCAAUUACCUGUGUAUAACUGCAUACGAGAUGCCGUAGAAAAUAUCGGAAAUGUCGUUGAUGCACUGAGUAAUACUUCAGAGCCGGAAAUUUUUAAUACUGUUUUGGCGGACAUAGUAAGCGCCACAGUUCAAAGAGAAAUUGCAAGUGAGAAGUUAACUAAUGGAGAAAUGAAACUGCUUACAACGUCAUUGAAAACAAUUGCGACUGUACUGCCAGCUCAGUUAGUGAUUAAUGAGUCGAUUUUAGAUAGUUUCUUUGAUUCUGUGGACAAUAUCAUUGACAAAAAUAACAGUGACACCUGGCAAUCAGAACCGGAGAGUACAAGUGCAGUUCAGUUAGUGUCAGCAGUAGAUCAAAUUGCUGAAACACUCAGUGAAAAUCUGCAACCUGGCGAGAAACGAAAUAUAAAAAAUGCUAAUAUCGCGCUUCAGGCACAAACAUUAGCAGAAAGCAAGAUUGUGUAUCCGGACGAAAACGUUGACAUCGAAUGGCUUAACACAGCUAGCAGCAAAAUAGAAUUGCAGCCACAAGCGUUUGAUGAUGUAACAGAUCAAGUCAUUGCUACAGCUGUUGUAUACAGGAACCUCAGUGGUAUUCUACCAAAUACAUAUUCUAAAACUGCAGGUGCAGUAACGUCAGAGGAAAACCAAAUUAAUGGAGCAAUCCUUGCAAUGACGAUACCGUCUAAAUAUUCAGCAAGGGAGUUAAAUCCUCCGAUUUCCAUAACAUUUGAGCAUUUUGAUAAAACUUUAUCAUCUCCAAUAUGCGUUUAUUGGCAAAAGGAAAG